GAGAAAUACACGUUUCUAAUGUAUUAAUCUAGUUUUGAAUCAAUCUGUAAGGGAUCAUCAACAAGUUACUUAUAGUUAUAUUUCAAAAUCUUCGAAAUUGAGGAAGAUAUAACGAAAAAUCAUAAAAUUCACAUUUAAUUUCACUAAUUUUAGUAAAGUAAUAAAAUAGUAAAGAGAACAACGACAAGAAUGGAACAACAUCAUAAUUAUGAGUACGGAGAGACUUUUGGGUUUAUUAAUGCUGCUUUUGCAGAACCAGAAAAUUUUUCUCGCAAUCCGGAAGAUCAAGCUUCAAAAACAAACAUCCCAUCAAUAAUCAAUGAUUCAGUUCCACCGGCACCUACGGAAUUAAUAAAUCAAUCUUCUCCAUAUGAUUUAACAACAGAUUGUAGGGAUUUGUCAAAAGACAUUUCAAAUGGGUCUGAAGAAAAUCAGUCUGAAUCCAUCAUACAGCCCCAAACUACAGAAGACAUAGCUGAUAAAGAAGACACGAAUGCAGACUUCCAAGAAAAAAUAGAAAGUUCUGAAAAUGCAAAUGAAGGUAUGGAUAAAAGUAUAGAAGAAAAUGCAACAAGUGAGAAAGAUGUUGAAGAAUCAGCAACAAGAUCCAGUGAAAAUAUCGAUAAUGAAGCACAUAAGGUUGUUGAAAGUAAACCAUUCAAAAGAGACAUAUCAGGAAAGAAAAGGAGGAGAAUAGUUGUUUUAAAUGACGACGAUUCAGAUUCCGAUGGAAAUGAACUUAAAAAAGAACUUUUGAAUAGAUCCAGCGAUGUUGAGCAAGACGAUAAGCAAAAUGGAAAAUCGAGUGAACAAGAUGCAGACAGUGAAAAUGAUAGUAACAGCGAGGAUGAGAAGGAACUGUCUACAAAUACAAGUCGCAACUUUCUUAAAGCAAAAUAUCUUUUAAAAACUGCCGUAAUUAUUGAAGAUCCAGACAAGAACAAGAAAAAGAAGAAAAAACAGAGAGUAUUAGACAGUGAUGAUGAGGAACAAAUGCAAACAUCAGUUGAUGAUAUUGGGCUAUUAGGAAAUGAGAAUGAUAAUGAAAAUGAAGAUCAAGAAGCGAUUUUUACGGACGAUAUUGUGAUUAUUAAUAACGAUCCAAUUAUAGUUCCAGAAGAAAUUCUAGAGGAAAAAAGUACAAUCACUGAACAACUAGAUAAUGAGCCUGAAGUGGAAAGUACGAAAGAUGUUAGUGACAGUACCAAGGACGACGUUAAGGAACCAGUUAUUGAAAAUUUGGAUAAGAACGAGGAAAAAGUCGAAGUUAAAAAUGAAAACGUCGAGCAAAAAUCACCAACAGCUGAAAAUCCUGAAGCGCCGACCGAAAAAACUGAAGAAGAUGAUGUUAAUGCAGAGCUAGAUAAAAUUAAGCCAAUGGACGAUGAUGAUGACUUUUUCAAAUUUAAUGACACGACAGACGAAGAUGAGCAAAAGGAUGUUUCGAACGAUAAAUAUUUUGGAUCUGCUGACAAGCAAAGUUCUAAUACAGCAAGAAGAGGACGAAAACGUGGUCCAGUCACGAGAAGGAGUGCAACCGAUACAAAAUCACACAUUCGAAAGAGAGGCGAUCAAUAUGAGAGAGACUUUGUGGACGAUAGCGAUUCCAGUAGUUAUUCUGAAUCAGUUUCAUCGUCAUCAUCCAGCGAAAGUAGUUCAUCGUCGAAAGAAAGAGUGAAAAAACGACUGCCAUCGUCUAGACCAGGUCCUCAAAAUGUUAAAGUUGCUCAAAAUAUUAUAAGAAAUUCAGUGACAAUUACAAGAGUUCCAACUAAAAAGGAUAUCGAACAAAAAGGUCGAUUUUAUGAUAAAUCGAGAAAUAUUCCAAACGAUAUAUACUUUGGGGACGUAAAUGUUCCUCUUCAUGUCCUCCAUUCGAGAUGGAAUAGUGAUGGACAAAGUGAUAGAGUGCGUAAGGUACAACAUUUUCCACCAAAUAGAUCUUUACAGCGUCCAAUUAAUACACCUCCCUUAAUAAAAAUGCCGAUUCCUACACAAAAUACAAUCCCACAAGCUCCAAGACCAUCUAUGCAAAGUUUCAGACCACAGCUAGACGACGACUCUAAACUUUCCACGAUGAAAGAGUUCAUGAAAAUUUGUGGAUUGAAAAUAAAUUAUGGAAAGCUGUUUCACAACUCUAAAUCUACCGCUCAUAAAUGUGCAUUAUUGAGGAGAAUUUUAGUACAGAAAGGCAUGGAUGGAGAACCAACAAUGGCAAAGUGUAAGAAGCUCAAACUUGAAUUGCAGGCAAAACGUGAGAUUGCUGAGCUCGACAAAAGUGUCAUUUUGCCAGUAGAAGGUCGCACAAGGAGAUCAAGAAGAGGUGCUGCAUCAAAGGAUAGUGAAGAUUCUAAAUCAAACAAUGAAGGCGAAUCGACAUCAAACGUACAGCCAGAAGUUUUGGAAACUUUAUCGAAAAUCAAGUCUGUCAUUGAUAGUGAUUCAGAAUAAGCAUGUGACUGUUUCCACAAUAAAUAAAUGUAUUAAUUUUAAUGUAAUUCUAAUAUUAGCCAUAAUUGUAUAUAAAAAGUGUCAAAAAGAGAAUAAUUUAAGUUUUUCUUCUUUUUUUCUCUCAACUAAAUUAAGUUCUUGAGUUUUUACGAAAAAUAAAAAUAAUGUGAAG